CUCAGUUCCAAGUUUGGAGCUUUUAGCUGCCAGCCCUGGCCCAUCAUGUAGCUGCAGCACAGCCUUCCUUAACGUUGCAACUAGGGGAAAAAUCACUUUCCAGACUGUUUUGCAAGUCGUGCAAUUCCAUCUUGACUCCCUGAAAGUCCAUCUGCUGCAUCGGUCAAGAGAAACUCCACUUGCAUGAAGAUUGCACGCCUGCAGCUUGCAUCUUUGUUGCAAAACUAGCUACAGAAGAGAAGCAAGGCAAAGUCUUUUGUGCUCCCCUCCCCCAUCAAAGGAAAGGGGAAAAUGUCUCAGUCGAAAGGGAAGAAGAGAAACCCGGGCCUUAAGAUUCCAAAAGAAGCAUUUGAACAACCUCAGACCAGUUCCACGCCACCUCGAGAUCUAGACUCCAAGGCUUGCAUUUCUAUUGGAAAUCAGAACUUUGAGGUGAAGGCAGAUGAUCUGGAGCCUAUAGUGGAGCUGGGACGAGGUGCGUACGGGGUGGUGGAGAAGAUGCGACACGUGCCCAGCGGGCAGAUCAUGGCGGUGAAGCGGAUCCGGGCCACAGUUAAUAGUCAGGAGCAGAAACGGCUACUGAUGGAUCUGGAUGUUUCCAUGAGAACAGUAGACUGUCCAUUCACUGUCACUUUCUACGGUGCACUCUUCCGGGAGGGAGAUGUGUGGAUAUGCAUGGAACUCAUGGAUACGUCAUUAGAUAAAUUCUACAAACAAGUUAUUGAUAAAGGCCAAACAAUUCCAGAGGAUAUCUUAGGGAAGAUAGCAGUUUCUAUUGUAAAAGCAUUAGAACAUCUACACAGUAAGCUCUCUGUUAUCCAUCGAGAUGUCAAGCCUUCUAAUGUGCUCAUUAACACUCUGGGCCAAGUGAAGAUGUGUGAUUUUGGGAUCAGUGGCUACCUGGUGGACUCUGUUGCUAAAACAAUUGAUGCGGGUUGCAAACCGUACAUGGCUCCCGAAAGAAUAAACCCGGAGCUCAACCAGAAGGGGUACAGUGUGAAGUCUGACAUUUGGAGUCUCGGCAUCACCAUGAUUGAGCUGGCCAUCCUUCGGUUUCCCUAUGAUUCUUGGGGAACUCCCUUCCAGCAGCUAAAACAAGUGGUAGAAGAACCAUCUCCACAGCUCCCAGCAGACAAGUUCUCCGCAGAGUUUGUUGACUUUACCUCACAGUGCUUGAAGAAAAAUUCCAAAGAACGGCCCACAUAUCCAGAGCUUAUGCAACAUCCAUUUUUCACCCUACAUGAAUCCAAAGCAACGGAUGUGGCAUCUUUCGUAAAACUGAUACUUGGGGAUUAAAAAGCCAUGGACUUAACUGGUUGACCCUACUGUGGAUUGGUGGGUUUACAGGGUGAAGCGAGUUCAUUACAGCGCCAACAAGGAAGUCAUCUUGAGAUCAUUGAACCCUGCCUUUGUGAGGGUUUUCUCUCCCUAAUUUUUUUCUUUUUCCUCUCCAAAGGGGGCCUUGGAAUCUCUAGUCUAGAAUGAACUCUCUAGAUGGAUGAAAUAUGAUAAAGGCUUAGGACUUGAAAAGGUGAUUAAAUAUUUAAUGACGAGUCAUUCGAGUCCUCAAGCUUCUCAGAUUUCUUGUGUUCUUUACAAAAAUGAAUGCAUUGGCCCUGGUAACAAGGUGCUACAGUAGUGAUGAAAUUGUAAAGUAGAUUUGUAGUGUAUCCCACUUAUUAUUUUAAUAUUUAUGUUUCAGUGCUUGGUUGGAAAUAUUCCAUUUUAUGCAAGAAGGGAGAUACAGAGGCAAGGCUGACUUGGCAGUAUUUAUAGGGCUUUUAUUUUUUAAUUUCAAUCAUGGCUGUGGUCCAGAGGAAGUUAUUUAAUAUUCAUCUUUAAGAAUAGUAUGAAAAUCUCAAAUAAAGGGGCUCUCCCCGUGCUGUGUGGCUGUGCAGCUGUCAUGGCUGCUGCUCCCAAAGUUCAACUCAAUCCUGGGUAAUCAUCGCAUCUUUUGAAUGAAUUGUCGAAGUGUCUUGAUCAUAGCCCAACCCCCAACUUUGGAAAACAUGAAAGUCACUUGUAUCAUGGCUCAAAGAGUAAAGGACAAUGGUUCUCUUCAAA